UUGAUGGAUACUCGGACGGCGACAGCAGAGCUAGGCUGGACUGCCAACCCUCCUUCGGGGUGGGAAGAAGUCAGCGGCUACGACGAAAACCUCAACACCAUCCGUACCUACCAGGUGUGCAACGUCUUCGAGCCCAACCAGAACAACUGGCUCCUCACCACCUUCAUCAACCGGCGUGGAGCUCACCGCAUCUACACCGAGAUGCGCUUCACCGUGCGGGACUGCAGCAGCCUCCCCAAUGUCCCCGGCUCCUGCAAGGAGACCUUCAACCUCUACUACUACGAGACAGACUCUGUCAUUGCCACCAAGAAGUCCACCUUCUGGACAGAGGCACCCUACCUCAAAGUGGACACCAUCGCUGCUGACGAGAGCUUCUCCCAGGUGGACUUUGGGGGCAGGUUGAUGAAGGUGAACACAGAAGUGAGAAGUUUCGGGCCUCUGACCCGCAAUGGUUUUUACCUGGCUUUCCAGGACUACGGGGCUUGCAUGUCCCUGCUCUCCGUCAGGGUCUUCUUCAAGAAGUGCCCUAGCGUGGUGCAGAACUUUGCCAUCUUCCCGGAGACGAUGACAGGAGCAGAGAGCACCUCUCUGGUGACUGCCCGGGGCACCUGCAUCCCCAAUGCUGAGGAGGUGGACGUGCCCAUCAAGCUGUACUGCAACGGGGAUGGGGAGUGGAUGGUGCCCAUCGGCCGCUGCACCUGCAAGGCUGGAUACGAGCCUGAGAACAACGUGGCCUGCAAAGCCUGCCCAGCAGGGACGUUCAAGGCCAGCCAGGGCACAGGGGGGUGCACACCGUGUCCCCCCAACAGCCGCUCCGCCGCCGAGGCCGCGCCGCUCUGCUCCUGCCGCAACGGGUACUACCGGGCAGACCUGGAUCCACCAGCAGCCUCCUGCACCAGUGUCCCGACCAGCCCCCGCAACGUCAUCUCCAUCGUCAACGAGACGUCCAUCAUCCUGGAGUGGCCCCCGCCGCGGGAGACGGGGGGUCGGGACGAUGUCACCUACAACAUCGUCUGCAAGAAGUGCCGCUCAGACCGGCGCUCCUGCUCCCGCUGCGACGACAACGUGGACUUUGUUCCCCGGCAGCUGGGGCUGACAGAAACCCGGGUCUUCAUCAGCAACCUCUGGGCACACACCCCCUACACCUUCGAGAUUCAGGCUGUCAAUGGGGUUUCCAGCAAGAGCCCCUUCCCACCGCAGCACGUCUCCGUCAACAUCACCACCAACCAAGCUGCCCCCUCCACCGUCCCCAUCAUGCACCAGGUGAGUGCCACCAUGAGGAGCAUCACCCUCUCCUGGCCCCAGCCCGAGCAGCCCAACGGCAUCAUCCUGGACUACGAGCUGCGUUACUACGAGAAGCUGAGCCGCAUCUGCACGCCCGACCUCGGCGGCGCCGUGGGCUCCCGGCUGGCAGUGGACCACAACGAGUACAAUUCCUCAAUGGCCCGCAGCCAGACCAACACUGCCCGCAUCGAGGGGCUGCGCCCGGGCAUGGUCUACGUGGUGCAGGUGCGCGCCCGCACCGUGGCCGGGUACGGCAAGUACAGCGGGAAGAUGUGCUUCCAGACCCUGACUGAUGAUGACUACAAGUCUGAGCUGAGAGAGCAGCUGCCCUUGAUCGCAGGGUCUGCAGCAGCUGGGGUGGUCUUCAUUGUCUCCCUGGUGGCCAUUUCCAUCGUCUGCAGCAGGAAGCGUGCCUACAGCAAGGAGGCCGUGUACAGUGACAAGCUGCAGCACUACAGCACUGGGAGAGGGUCUCCAGGGAUGAAGAUCUACAUCGACCCCUUCACUUACGAGGACCCCAAUGAAGCAGUGCGGGAGUUCGCCAAGGAGAUCGAUGUGUCCUUUGUGAAGAUUGAAGAGGUCAUUGGAGCAGGGGAGUUUGGAGAAGUUUACAAAGGCCGCCUGAAGCUGCCUGGCAAGCGGGAGAUCUACGUGGCCAUCAAAACCCUGAAGGCUGGUUACUCGGAGAAGCAGCGGCGGGAUUUCCUGAGCGAGGCCAGCAUCAUGGGGCAGUUUGACCACCCCAACAUCAUUCGGCUGGAAGGGGUGGUCACCAAGAGUCGGCCGGUCAUGAUCAUCACGGAGUUCAUGGAGAACGGGGCCCUGGACUCCUUCCUGCGGCAGAACGACGGGCAGUUCACAGUGAUCCAGCUGGUGGGAAUGCUGCGCGGAAUCGCCGCCGGGAUGAAGUACCUUGCGGAGAUGAAUUACGUGCACCGAGAUCUGGCUGCCAGGAACAUCCUGGUCAACAGCAACCUGGUCUGCAAAGUCUCAGACUUUGGCCUCUCACGCUACUUGCAGGACGACACGUCUGACCCCACCUACACCAGCUCCUUGGGGGGGAAGAUCCCUGUCCGGUGGACGGCGCCGGAGGCCAUCGCCUACCGCAAGUUCACUUCGGCCAGCGACGUCUGGAGCUACGGCAUCGUCAUGUGGGAGGUGAUGUCCUUCGGGGAGAGGCCCUACUGGGACAUGUCCAACCAAGACGUCAUCAACGCCAUCGAGCAGGAUUACCGCCUCCCACCGCCCAUGGACUGCCCUGCUGCCCUGCACCAGCUGAUGCUGGACUGCUGGCAGAAGGACCGCAACACCCGCCCGCGCUUCGCCGAGAUUGUCAACACCCUCGACAAGAUGAUCCGCAACCCGGCCAGCCUCAAGACUGUGGCCACCAUCACCGCUGUGCCUUCUCAGCCCCUCCUUGACCGCUCCAUCCCCGACUUCACUGCCUUUACCUCAGUGGACGACUGGCUGAGCGCCGUGAAGAUGAGCCAGUACCGGGACAGCUUCCUGACUGCUGGCUUCACCUCCCUGCAGCUGGUCGCCCAGAUGACGUCCGAAGACCUCCUGAGAAUAGGGGUGACUUUGGCUGGGCACCAGAAGAAGAUCCUGAACAGCGUCCAGUCCAUGCGAGUACAGAUGAGCCAGUCUCCAAGCUCGAUGGCGUGAUGUCCCUUGUUGGACAGGGAGGGCAGAGGUGGGAGGGGAGGACCCGAGGGGCACCACAGGGCAGCGUUUGGAGAGGUGCCACCACUGCCUGGGGACUGUCACUGCAGGCAGAGGGUGUUCCUGGGACUCAUCUCAACUGGUGACUCCCGUUCCUCACCAACAGAAGCACACUUACUGAUGUCACGGGGAACGGCCUAUAAAUACCUAUAAAUAUGUACAAAGCAUAUAUUUAAAA